GCGCAAGUCUGAAUGCGAGUGCAUCCUUCUGCGUUUCUGAGGGCGUGCGAUGUCCCCACCUUCCUCCUUGGCUUUGCCGUCCUUACAGUCUUAGCUCCUCCAGUUUGCAACCAGACCGUCGCCCGCUCCACAAGUCCACAGAGACUCCUCCUCCAUCAUCUUUCUCACCUUGACAGCGGGCGCUGCCGUCGGGGCAGGCGCAGGGCCAGCAGCGACGGAAGCAGCGACGGAAGCCGCAACGACAACGAUGGCGGAAGCAGAGAACUUCAUCUUGGGGGCAGAAAAGUUGCGCGAGAGGAUGUGUGCUUGGGGAAUAGCGGAUGGCAAUCGCGUGCGGGAGGGGGGGGGGGGAAAUGUUCAGGUCGGAGUCGUGAGCGAGGAAGGGAAAGGCGCAAUCUCAACCAACGCAAUCUGGCUCUCGCGUUCUUUAUACGCAGUGCGACGACCCCUUCACGACGCCAUGCGGAGCAUGUUGAUGCCGUGCUUCGGGCACAUGCACGACCCAAGAUUCCGGCAUUUCGAUGGGCUUACACUCGGCUGCUGGCUGGCCGUUGCUGCAGCUGCUGCCAGCGCCCAUGCAGAAUGUCCCGCUGCGCAUGAAUGUGUGCAAGUCGCAGCUAGGCUCGCAUGCAGGUCGCUGGUGAGUUGUGAUGUGCUUCUGCUGUGCGAGCGCCUGGCUACGGGUGUGGUUUUGGCUCUGCAUGACGAGCAUGACGCAAGGAGCGUUGCGUUGCGCUGCGUUGCGUUGCGUUGCGUCGAGCAGAAGGUACGGUGCAGCCUCUCGAUGCUGCUUCGCGAAUGCAGUCGUGAUCGAGUCGUGAGUGCGACGCAAGUCUGCGCUGACAGCAGCAGCAGCACGCCGAGAGAAGAUGAAGAUGUAUGCAAGGCACCGCAUUCGUCAUUUGGCACCUACUGUAUACACGCUAGCUCGCACAGCCCCACCUGCACAGCUACUCUACUAGUAGUCUGAGUCUGAGUACGGCCCUUUUCUCUCUUUUGGUGCCACGCCAUACAAUCCCGAUCUCGCUUGUGCCCUAUAGCUGCGAGCCA